AUGAGAACUACUGGACAUUUCCCCCUUCUUAUGAGCCUAUCGUUGCCCUUGUUGAGCAGUGCCUUGAUGGUUCCGCAGCAAUUGCAUCUGUCACCUGUAAAUCGGGCAGCUGGUUCUCGUUCUGUGGUUUCAGCCUCGAUUUUAGAAGAUUUUGAAUAUUCCGAUGCGAAUGCUAAUGGCAACACUGAAGCCGAUGAAAUGGAUCAGAAACUCUUUUUCAAGGUCCGCCAAGAGUUGGUCCAAAAGUAUUUGGAUCAAGGCGAUGAUUUGGCCAAAGCGGAACGAGAAGUGGAUUACUUUUUGAGUGACAGGGCGCGUUCGCAACAGUACAUUGAGAUGCGAAAGUACAACUUGAGUCAACUUGAGGACGGAUUGGGCCUCGAUUUGUUUAUGGGAUUGCAGUUUACCUCGGCCUUUGUCAUUGGUUUCAUUCUGCAUUCCCUGUCCAUGAACGCUGGGUCCUUCUUUUAA